CUUCGAUAUGAAGAUAUUUCUGAAAAACCAAUCAAAGCCACUGAGAAUUUAUAUGAAUUUCUUGGCUUAAAAAUCAGUCAAAAUAUCACAGACUACAUUUGGAAUAUCACUUCAGCUGGGCUUCCAGACAACUGUGUUAUCUGUACGACAAGAAACAAUUCCGUUGCCACUGCUUAUAAAUGGAGGCAUCUAUUGGAGCAUAGCUUAGUGAAGAUUAUUGACAACACAUGCUCGGAUGUCUAUAAACAAAUGGGUUAUGUCCCUGUGAAAAAUAUAGCAGAACAAAGAAAC